AUGACCAACUUAACCUCCAUUAGUGGAUUUCUCCUCAUGGGGUUUUCUGAUGACCACAAGCGUCAGAUUUUACAUGCACUGCUGUCUUUGGUGACAUACCUGUUAGCCUUGAUAGGCAACUUCCUCAUCAUCACCAUAACUACCCUGGACCAUCGCCUCCAUUCCCCUAUGUAUUACUUCCUGAAGCACCUCUCUUUCCUGGACCUCUGUUUAAUCUCUGUCACAGUGCCCCAGUGCAUUGCAAAUUUGCUUAUGAACAAUGGCUACAUUUCCAUUGAUCAGUGCAUACUUCAGGUUUUCUUCUUCAUAGCUUUGGCCUCUUCAGAAGUAGCCAUACUCACAGUGAUGUCUUUUGAUCGGUAUGUAGCCAUCUGUCAACCACUGCAAUAUGAGACCAUUAUGGAUCCCUGUGCUUGUCAGUAUGCAGUGAUAGCUGUGUGGAUUGCGGGGGGCCUCUCUGGACUCAUGCACACAAUUGUUACCUUCUCCAUACCCUUCUGUGAGGAAAGAGUCAUUCACCAAUUCUUCUGUGAUAUUCCUCAGAUGCUGAAACUAGCCUGUUCUUAUGAAUUCAUUAAUGAGAUUGCACUGGCUGCAUUCACAACCUCAGUGGCAUUUAUUUGCUUGACUUCCAUUGUGCUCUCCUACAUUUGCAUCUUCUCUACAGUGCUGAGAAUCCCGUCAGCUGAGGGCCAGACUAAAGUCUUUUCUACCUGCCUACCACACCUAUUUGUAGUCACUUUCUUUCUCUCAACUACAGGCUUUGAGUUUCUAAGGUCGCCUUCUAAUUCCCAAUCAUCUAUGGACCUCACAUUCUCCAUUUUCUAUACUGUGAUAACUCCAACACUCAAUCCAGUUAUCUAUAGUUUGAGGAAUGAGGCCAUGAAAGCAGCUCUGAGGAAGGUGCUGUCAAAAGAAGAAUUUGCUCAGAGAAAAACGUGUUUAAAAGCCAUUUUUAAACUCUAA